AUGGAUGAAGUUACUAGCUCAGAAACUUCAUCUCAAGAGAUGCCAAAUGCUGAAUGUCCUCUUUGGCAGUAUGUGACUAAAGUAGAAAAACCACCGGGUGCUACCGUUAAAAAAGGGGGAAACACAUACUUUAAGUGCAAUUAUUGUGGUGUGGUUUAUUUGGGAUCCUAUUCUAGGGUUAAGGCUCAUUUGUUAAAAAUUACUAAUAAAGGUAUUAAAGCAUGUCCUAAUGUGACACCGAGCCAUAGGUUGGAAAUGCAGCGAAUGCAUGAUCAAGUUGAGAAGGAUAAGUUAGAGAGUGAACAGAGAAGUCGAAUUCCCUUACCCCCACCUAUCCCAGGCCGUGGGCCUAUACCUCUUUCCCCAUUUCGGAGACAGGAAGGGAGUGAUAGUACAAAUCCGAUUGAUGGUAAGAGGAGGAAGGUGGCUGGGAUUUCUCCUAUUGAGAAAGCAUUCCAGAAUACUACUAGAUAUGAAUUGGAUAGUAGAAUUGCUAGGAUGUUUUACACUGGUGGGCUUCCAUUUAACUUUGCAAGGAACCCACAUUAUCGUAAUUCCUAUGCAUAUGCUGCUACUCAUAACAUCCCAGGUUAUGUUCCUCCUGGAUACAAUGCCUUGAGAACAACACUUUUGCAAAAGGAAAGAGCUCAUGUUGAAAGACUCUUGAAGCCAAUUAAGGAUUCUUGGCUUGAAAAUGGUGUAAGCAUAGUUUCUGAUGGAUGGUCAGAUCCACAAAGAAGGCCUCUUAUUAAUAUUAUGGCUGUAUCAGAUGGGGGUCCGGUGUUUGUAAAGGCAAUUGAUGGGUCGGGUGAGUUCAAAGACAAGCAUUAUAUUGCUGGGGUGUUGAGGGAUGCUAUAAAAGAGAUUGGACAUGAAAAAGUUGUCCAAGUCAUCACUGAUAAUGCUAAUGUGAUGAAAUCUGCUGGAGCUCUUAUUGAAGGUGAGUAUCCUAAAAUAUUUUGGACACCCUGUGUUGUCCACACUCUCAAUCUAGCUUUGAAGAAUAUUUGUGCAGCAAAAAACACUGAAAAGAAUGAAGUUACAUAUGAGGAAUGUAGUUGGAUUACACGUAUUGCUGAUGAUGCAUCUUUCAUACGUGUUUUUAUUAUGAACCAUUCAAUGAGGUUGGCAAUGUUUAAUGAAUUUAGUCCAUUAAAAUUGCUCCAAGUUGCUGAUACUAGAUUUGCUUCAAUUGUUAUAAUGCUGAAAAGGUUGAAGUUGAUAAAAAGAUGCCUUCAAGCCAUGGCUAUUAGUGAGCAAUGGGCUUCUUAUAGGGAGGAUGAUGUUGGAAAAGCUGUAAAGCACCUAUUUAUGAUAUGCUACGAGUAG